AUGGCAGACUCUUUACCUCCCCUAUCUCCUCACGCAAAUAUUCAUUCUGAUCCCAAACCUAGCCAGGAGUCAAGAGAACCUCACCUGAAGGAACCUCGCAAGUCGAAGGAUAUUUAUCGCCUAAAUUCCAAAGCUGCUCGCAACGAACUCGCUCAGCAUUAUUCACACAGUUCACUAAAGCCGCCAACAGAGUUCUUUGGUACAUCUCUACCUUCCAUCAUUGGCCCCGACGUCGUUCGUGAAAUCAUGGUAGAGCUGUAA